AUAUUCGAUACAUUACUUCAAGCACGCUGCAGGGAAAACGAAACGAAUAGAGACUGACGUUUUGUUAUUGUCGUGUUCGUCACCAGCGCAUCUGCGGGAAGCAUAAGCUAAACGAGGGGCCGUGCCCCUUGUACAGAGUUGGUUUAAUUUCGACUCCAAGUUACAGGUUUUAAUGAAACAUGGACCAUCCAGACUAUGGAUAUGCUCGAGAACUUUAUAGUCGGUAUGUCCGAAACCAGGACAGUUCAGUUGUAAACAAAAUGCAACAAAGGUACUGGAAGACGAAGCAAACAUUCAUUAAGGUGACUGGAAAGAAAGAGGAUGAGCAUGUUGUUGCAUCAGAUGCCGACCUUGACUCUAAAUUAGAGAUAUUCCAUUCCAUCCAGAGAACAUGUAUGGAACUUCUGAAGAUCAUUGAACAGUACCAGAAACGGAUUUGUUUUUUGUCUCAGGAAGAAAAUGAAUUGGGACGAUUUCUCAGAUCACAGGGUUCACAGGAUAAAACCAGAGCUGGGAAAAUGAUGCAGGCAUCUGGAAAAGCACUAUGUUUCUCUUCGCAACAAAGGUUGGCACUUCGCAGUCCUUUAUGUCGACUGUACCAGGAGGUUGAAACUUUUAGGUACCGUGCCAUUUCUGACACUUGGUUGACUGUGAACCGUAUGGAACAGUCUCGCACAGAAUAUCGGGGAGCAUUGCUAUGGAUGAAAGAUGUUUCUCAGGAAUUGGAUCCUGAUAUGUACAAACAUCUUGAAAAGUUUAGGAAGGUCCAGGACCAAGUUCGUCAUGCAAAGAUUCACUUUGACAAGCUAAAGAAUGAUGUCUGCCAGAAAGUGGACCUUCUAGGAGCAAGCCGAUGCAAUCUUCUUUCUCAUAUUUUAGCAACAUAUCAGACAACAUUACUCCAUUUCUGGGAAAAGACCUCUCACACGAUGGCUGCUAUUCAUGAAAGUUUCAAAGGCUAUCAGCCAUAUGAAUUUGCAAUGUUGAAGGUUUUGCAAGGACCUGUAAACAAAUUGAUAGAGCAAGCAUCACAGGAAGACAAUGAUGCAAAGGUUGACAUGGCAAAGGAUGCAUCUGAGAAGAACGAUGAACUUAUCUCAUUAGAAGAAGAAAAGGAGGACAAAGAAUCUAACAAUUCAGAUACUCCUCUUUCCAUUGUAAUGGAAAAAGAUGCCUUUUCAUCUUUAGAGCCAAUGUCUUCAAGCAAUCAACAUAAAUCAGUAGUGUCUAUAGACGAUUUGUUAGAUUUGAAAAAGGAAGAAAAAGAAUCUCUAUCUCUUAGUGCUUCAACAGAUCUGUUAACCAAUCCCAUGGAAUCUCGACCAAAUGAGAAGGAUGAAAUGGCAUUACUGAAUGAAAUUCUAAAUGGCACUGCACUUGAGGAAGGUGACUUUAGCAAGGAAUGGCAGGCAGUAUUUGGAGAAGAUCUCAGUUUGCCUAGCAAUCCAGCAGCUGGAGAAUCAGACCAAUCACCCUCUCCUUCAGGCUUCCUUCCUUCUCAGUUAUUUGACAAAAGCUUGAGUGAUGCAUCAUUUUCAGUUACUAAAUCCCUGUUUGGUCCUUUGUUAUCUGGAUGGCAAAUGAUGAACUUACUUACGGGGAGGAUGAAAAAGUCUGAAUGUGAAUUGCCCAGUAUAAUUAUAAUUUACUUGUUGGAGUCUGAACAGUGAUUCUGGAAGGUUACCUACAGGUCUCUGUCCUUAGAAAAAUUAAAUGAACAUACAGAAGUUAAAUUUUUUUCUCGAUGAUUAUGCUAAAGUAGAGUAUGAAUAAGAAGUGGCAAAAUCUAGGUUGAAAGUAGUCAUGAGUUGUUCAUCCACAUUCAUCCUUUUCUGGCAAUCCUGGCUCUUCAAAAAUGAAUUAAUGACCACUUGCAAGAGGAUGAUUUUGUUGAGGUCAUCUGUCAGGACCACAUCCAGCAUUGUGCAGCCAAUUAACUCUAGCUAAUUACUGGAAUUAUCAGCAUUUAAGAAUAUACAUAAUUUUUACAGGCCUUGAUAGACACCACAGUUGAUUAGUCCACUCUCUGGGUCAAAAAUAAGGCAACACACAUUCAGAGACAAAGUGAGAGAAACAAAAGUUGCAUGUUAAGUUUGUUACAAGAAGGAAAACAAGUUUAGAAUGUUUCCCCUUUGUUACAAUAAAAUAACAGUUAGAAUUAAUAGAAAUGUUUUUUACCAUUGUGAAUGAUCUCAGGUGGGAUCUUGUGGAGGAGGUUGGAGGUUUCAUCAGCUGGUUGCAGAUUUAGCAAGAGACUCCUCAAGGCAAGGAAAACUAAAUCUAUGCCAAUCAGGCCUUGCUGAGGCCACUUAAAGGUCUUGCUGGGUGGGGCAGAAAGGUAAGCCAUUGCCCUUCCUGUCUGAAAUUUAAUUCGGAGAUGUCACUAAUCUGCCUUCGUGCCUCCAAGCUUGCCAACUCUGAGAACCCAAUUCUGCUAUUUCAGUAGCUGCAUUGAAGGUUUUAACACCAAGAUUUCCUUUUACUUAUCCUAAUUUUUUCUGCUUUAAAAUCAACUAGUCAGCAGUAGUGGUGAGAG